CAGCUAGGUGUGCGCAAAAGCAGCCGGUGAGGGGCAGUGGGCGAGGUAGCGUUGGAGCGCUGAAUGGGGAGGAUAUUUGACUAAGCCCCCUUUUCACGACGCAGCCAGCUCGCUCGGAGUGACGCAUGGAGCUGCUGGGAUCCACGCUAACGGCGACUUACACCCGGCCUAAAACCAGCCACUUCCUCCCAGCCAUCUCCACCAUGGCGGCCAGCUACAGGGGGCACCAGCCCAGUGCGGGCCUGAACCAGAGCACCAGGGACCAGCCCUGGCGGACAAACAUGUACUUCAGAAGCCCUGGCACUGUCCCAACCUUGGCCUCCCUCCAGAAGCAUCCCGAGGACCUGGUUCGGGCUAAGACCACGCUGUACCCAUCCAGCAGGGCGGCGCUCUCCGCCCGCUACACGCCCGAAGACUGGCACAAGUCCAACCAGAGCAACUACCGUGAAUCGGAGUCGUCGAGGAACAGCGCCGAGCGACUACGCUGGGACACGGUACGGCUCAUCCAGGACAAGGAGCAGCUGACGAGGCAGAGCCAGGAGUCCACCAGCCGCAACAUUGGGGAGCGCGUCAACGACAUCACCUUCUGGCGCUCGGAGCUGUGCCACGAGAUCGACAACAUGGUGGGGGAGAUCGCCGCACUGGCCGAGGUGAAGAGGAGGCUGGACCGGGCGCUGGCUGAGACCGAGGGACCUUUCCAGGUUGCGCAGGAGUGCCUGUACCACAGGGAGAAGAGGAUGUUGAUUGACCUGGUCCAUGACAACGUGGAGAAAGAGAUAAUCAGGGAAGUGGAGCUCAUGAAGUCGUGUCAGCAGCGGAUGAGGCGGCAUGCGGACUUAGCGGCUGCCCAGCUUGCGUCCAACCGGGCUGCUCAGCAUGAGAUGGAGCGUGACUUGAGCGACAAGGCCGUCGCCCAGCGCAUUGACAGCCGCUGCCGGCAGCUCAGGAACACCUCGGACGGGAUCAGUUUCCACCGGGGCAUCGAGCGGCUGGACCCCUCGCUGUCCCUGCCCGACUCGUGGUCAAAAUUCACGGACGACAACAUCCUGCGGUCCCAGAGUGAGCGGGCGGCCUCCCACAAGCUCCGAGACAACAUCGAGUUCCUGCUUAGCUCUACUUCCAACGAAAUGUGGAGCCAGUUCAACAGCGUCAACGUGGCCUUCACCAACCGCAUCUCUGAAAUCGCGGAGGCCAAGAGCAGCCUGCAGACCCACCUGGCCAAGACUCUCCAGGAAAUUUUCCAGACGGAGAACCUCAUUGAGGUCCUGAAGAAGGCCAUCCGGGACAAGGAGAGCCCCCUCAAGGUGGCCCAAACAAGACUUGAGGAGAGAACGCGCCGACCCAACAUAGAGUUGUGCCGGGACAGCCCCCACCACCGGCUGGUCACUGAGGUCAGAGAGAUCGAGGAAACCAUGGGCCAGCUAAGGGAGAGGCUGCAGGCAGCGGAGGGAGCCCUGCAGACGCUGGUGAAGACCAAGGUGUCCUUAGAACAUGAUAUUUCCAUCAAGGCCAACUCCCUCUUCCUAGACCAGGAGAAGUGCAUGGGCAUGAGGAAGACCUUCCCCAGCACUCCACGCCUUGUGGGGUAUACAUAGAGUGGGAGGGGUAUCCUGAUGGGGGGAGAGCACCAGCUGGGGGGGAGGUUUAGAGGCGACGUGGUGUCUGCUGAACAUGGGGAAACCUGAAGAGAUGAAGUCUCAGUACCUUUAGGAAGUUCCCAUUCCAGAAGGCUCCAUGUCCCAGCGCAAGCACACUGUCUAUACACAAGGGCACCUUUUAUAAGCACUCAGAGCUGUGGUAGUAGAUACCAACACCCCCUGACAAAGUGUCGAUGUAUGCGAGUGAGCGAACCAACGAGGCAAAUAAAGAGAGUUCCUUCAGCCUUUGAUUACAUAUGGUCACAUGCGGCCUACAAUCCUCCAGCAUUCAAAAAAUGUAAAACAAACCAAAGGAAAUAGCUUUGAUAACCGAACACCUCAAAGCCAUUGAAGUCCCAU